AUGUCUACCCUCGGUUCUACCACGCUUCUCGUUCCAGUCGAGGUCCAACGAGCAAUCAUAUCCGACGUCUUGAUCGAACCUUCCGGGCACAAGCCCACCCUCGCCUCUGUCGCCCGCACCUCUCAAGACCACCUCGACCUCAUUCGUCCCCAGCUUCACGAAUCCCUCAAAGUUCUGCGCCCACCUGCGAUGUUAAUGAUAUCUAGGUAG